UCGCUAUCUCGUUGCAUAAAGUGUAACAAAAUAAUUUCCACGAACAAGUAAAAUCGCUUAAACCAUAUUAAUCAGCGUUGAAGCAUAGAUUAAGCUAAUGCCCGUGUACAGCACGAGUUACAAUAAUUUCCAUUUACAUACAACGAAGGAAAAGCUCAGAGUGGGAUUGCACUCGACUUCCCAGCCUGUUCGACCAAGCACCGACAGUUCGUCACAGCGACGAAUCGUGAAGAGAUAAUAUUGAUAUGCACCAUAGUAUUUUACUGCAUCGACGGUUUAAUUCGAUUGUGACCGCGCUUUUUAUCGUACGACGCUCGUUCAUCGGAGAAAUCGUCGUCGACUCAUAACGAGGCGUGAACUUUUCAACACCGAAUUUCUUUUUUUUUUAUAUUACCACAAGUGACGUAUCCAGUCCCCGAAGAUUUCCUCCUUCUACCGUCUGUCAGAGACAGCCACGUCCUUCGUGAAACUCCUCGCGCGUCACGUACCAGUGACGUACAUUUGUGAAACGACAACGGGUACGGUGGAAAAAAUCCAUAGGAUGCUACAUUUCCCAUGACUCUCCUAGUGGGACACGUGUUUGGAACUUUCGUUCUUUCCCUAGUGACAUGUUUUUUUUACGGAUUACGUUAAUCAGCACGAGACUUGUUUAGCUUGGAAGUUCCAGUUUUAACUGCGACCUUCGGCAGACGCGGCAGUAGUAUCUGCGACAGUGUCGUAGAAUCAUGAUGGUACCGUUAAUCUGUGUCUCAUGAACGACAUUUUCUAAAUCAGCAAUUCGUGUACCGCGUGCAAGCAUCCGGUGCAGAGACGAAGAAAGAUAGUUGUCCAGCGUGACGCCAUGUUGUAGGCUGAUGAUAAUCAAGCGCUAACAAAGUGACCGCGUACAACAGAAAGGAUGAUUUAUACGAGUGCAUGGGCAUGGUGACAUUGGUGCAACAGCAUCAGGAAACAGCACCGGACGAAAACCGGUAUCAGAAGGAUCAGGAUCAAGUUAUUAACAUCCCGACCGAGAAUCGGGACAGCGACGAUUGUCGCGAGGAAAUUGCCCACCCCCUCAAAGAUACUGCGGUUGUUGUCGCCGGAAAUGGUAGCCUCGCCGGUUCCUCUACGCAGUGCAGUGACGUAGAAGAAGAGGACGAUGAAGACGAGACGGACACCGAUGAAAGGGAAUGGAUACCCGAUUUACCGGUGCCUACAGUGUACCAGCAACACCAGCAAGUGUCCACUGCCGAUGGAAACGUGGUGUUGCCCAAUGCCGAAGCAUCAAAUUUUGGUGACGUGCGAGUAAAGAACUCGAGUAACGUGCAUCUCGGUAACAAGACGUUUUAUAAGGGACCGGUGACGAUAAAACAAUUUGUUUAUACCAACCCGGUCUCCGUACAGGAAAACGGUAAUGUUAAGGACGACAAUGAACAAACUUACGAUGCCAAUAGCUCUGCUUCAUCGGCUGCUAACAAUAAGGAAGAUUCGACUGCUAAUAGCUCGAUACUAUCCCAGAGCCGUAAUAUUGACAAAGUAACAAAAUGGUUGUGGACCUGGAGAUGCGCCGCACUUAUGUGUACGCUUUCCUUAAUCCUUGUAAUUACUGUGAUCGCCGUGAGUGUACACUUUACAAGUAAUUCUACUGCACCACCAGCUCCUAUUUUCCCGGAAAUACCAGAUUCCUCGCUCGGAGUUGCAGGUGAUAAAGUGAAGAAUGUUCGUUUCGUCGAACGAAGCGAAUGGGGUGCUCAACCACCUUCGGUACAAUUGACGAAGAUGAAACUUCCGGUACCGUAUGUGAUCAUUAGUCAUACAGCAACUGAGUUCUGUACCACGCAAUCAGAAUGUACAUUUCACGUUCGUUUCGCGCAAACAUUUCACAUUGAAUCGAGAAAGUGGUCGGAUAUAGGGUAUAAUUUUCUUGUCGGAGGCGAUGGAUACGUGUACGUUGGUCGAAGUUGGGAUUACAUGGGAUCGCAUGCGUUUGGAUUCAAUAAUAUAAGCAUAGGUAUCUCCUUUAUCGGUACAUUUAAUUCCGUCAUACCACCCAAAAAUCAAUUAUACGCCGCUCAAAGAGUCAUCGAAUUAGGGGUUGAACAUGGCAAAAUUUCACCGGAUUAUAAAUUAUUAGGUCACAGACAAGUCUCUCGGACCUUAAGUCCGGGUGAUGCUUUGUUCAGUAUCAUCCAAACUUGGCCUCAUUGGUCAUCAACCCCAUGAACAAAAUUUCUUUCAUAUUUUAAAAUAUAUGAAAUUCACAACUCUAGAACAAAGUUCUAUUCGCCUAGAAUCUAGAACAAUGUAAUUUUACCUAGCAUUUAUAUAUUAAUUUAAGAAUUUAAAUAAUUUCGUUUAAUAAAAUGACGAAUAUAUUUGAAUUAUUAAAUGGUAAUUUGAAAUGAACAAGUGACUGCGAUAUAGAAUAUGCGUAGUAAUGUAUAAAAGAGAAAUAAGGAACUUGAGAAUACUGAUAAGCCAACGCGAUAUGAAGAUCUCUUUUGUAGAUAAGUGAACAAAAUUAUUAUGUACACAUGUAAUAUCGUAUUCUCAAUUAUAAAUGUGAUGUGUAUAUUGUAAUGUAACAUUUAUAACUUUAUAUUUUAUAUUAUGUAAGAUAAAACAAUUUUGUAAGUCAUUUAACAUCU